AUGGCUCAAGAGCAGCGGCCGAUGAGAUUAGAAAGAGAACAGAUUGGUAGAACUCCAACAAAAUCUUGUGUCUUCUGUAAUAAAGAUCAUUGGGACAACAAAUGUCGAAAACUAUCCAACCUUGAAACAACGACUAGUGCGUUUGAGUGA